GCAGUCUUCUUCGACGUCUCCGUUAUUCUUCCCCAGGUCUAUACAUCCAUAAAUAUAAAUAAACCCUCUCUCCAUUCGCUCAACCUCCAUUCUUCGUUCUCUCACACUGCCCCAUUUUCUUCUCGCGCAGGCCCUAGGUUUUUUCCGCGAGUGUAUGGCAGUUAGCUUCCUGUCUCAUGAGCUAUCCGAUCUCUGCAUCGGCAAGCCGGCGCUGAAAUCGCUGCCGAUCUCCGCCACCGUCGGCGAAGCCCUCUUCGCCCUCCGUCAAUCUGGUGAGGCCUAUGUGAGCGUGUGGACUUCCGAUAGUUCGAAGCCGGAGACGAAAUCCUGCGCUGGAAAACUAUGUAUGGUUGAUAUUCUUUGCUAUCUAUGCGCAAAGGAUAACAUCUCGUCGCCGGCAGCCGCCCUCAAGAACCCCGUUUCCGUUCUACUUUCGAAGGAGGCAGCCGCCCUCGUGCGCUGCGUCGAGUCGCAUUCGAGAGUUAUUGAUGCUCUCGACCUGAUCCUGGAAGGUGCGCAUAUCCUAUUAGUUCCCAUACGGUCCCGCAAGAAGCUCCAGCCCCACCACUCCGGCAUCUUCUGCUGGCUGACACCGGAGGACUUCGCCCGUUUCUUCUUCAACUCAAUCUCCGUCUUCUCCCCCAUCGCUGCCUGCUCCGUAACCCAGCUCGGCCUUGUUCGCUCCACCGACAUUCUCGCCGUUCAUCACCACGACCCGGCCCUCUCCGCCCUCCCCCUGAUCCACCGUGCCCUUGCCGAACAAACAUCCGUCGCGGUCGUUACUGAGGACCGCAAGCUCAUCGGUGAGAUCUCCCCUUCCACCCUCACCGGCUGCGACGAGUCUGUCGCCGCCGCCCUCGCCGUUCUCUCUGCCGGCGAUUUCAUGGCCUACAUUGACUGGUGCACCUCCCCACCUGACGCCGCAGUUCGGGCCUUGAAAUCAUUAUUAAAGAAGAAGGGGAUGCAUGAGAUGGUUGAGCUAAUGGAUGUUGUUUCAAAGCCGGUACUUUCAUCCUCGACGUCGUCUUCUUCGGACGAGGAAGGGGAGAUAAGGAAGCGGCCGAGGCGAUUGAGGAGGUUAGGGAGCUAUUCUUCGAGGAUGGGCCGGAGGUCGGAGGAGGCCAUUGUUUGCCAUCCGGGAAGCUCGUUGGUGGCCGUCAUGGUUCAGGCUUUGGCGCACAGAGUAGGCUAUGUUUGGGUAGUUGAGGAGGACUAUGGCCUCGUCGGCAUUGUCGUGCUUCGUGACAUCCUCAAGGUUUUUAGAGACCAGUUUGCUGAGCAAUUUCUUAUUUCCUGAUAUUGAAGAACAAAGGUGGGAGAAAGGUUUUGAUUUGUUUGAUUAGUUGUUACCCUCUUUUCAUUUAAGUUUCUGUAUAAGAGUACCUUUCUCCUUCCUAAAAAAUCUCUUUUGAGUUCAAUAAUGAUGUCUUUACACUCGUAAACAAAUGAAAGAAUCGAGUUUAUCAGA